AGCGAGGCUCCUCUACCUGCCCAGCUCUUCCGGGGUCCGCUGGGCCGCGCUGCAUGCUGGGAGCCGCCGCUUAGGACACCGCUGUAAACGGGGCGGCAUGUGCGGGGCGCCCGGGCCUGGCGCCGCGGGGGGAUCCCGGCGCCCUCAGGCCGGCGGCUACUGCGCGAUCCUGGGCGGCCUCCAGCUGCGGCUCCGGGACAGUGAAACAAAGAGGCUGGAAUUGGAAAGAAAACUGUUUGAGUACAGCAAAUCUGAUACAUACAUGGUGAAAAUAAACUUCAUAAAACUCAAAAAAUACUUAAAAGAAAUACGUGAACGGCAAAAAAAUGCUGUGUUGCGAAACCAAGAAUUUUUAAAGGAGUUUGAUCGUAUUGAAGCUCAUCUUAGGACUUUUACAAGUUCAGAGGCACUUCAGAAAUUGAAGGUACAAUAUGAAGGAGAAAUUAAAAGUAUGCUGUCACUUCAGAAGAAUAGCAUGCCAAUAAAAGGUGACGAAGAUAACAAUGAGCAGAUGCUGCCGGUUGCAAGACAGACAGGAAUUAACACCAGGACAGCCACGUCAAGAGGAUUGUAUCAUCCAGCAACAAUCUUUAUGGGCUGCCAAAUGUCAGCCAUCUCAAGCAUUGAAGAUUUCAGUACACAGCAGAAAUCUUCCCAGCCCACAAAGAGAUUUUCAGUUUCUGACCCACAUUCAUGCAGACAGGCAGCACAGAGCAGUAAUAUGACAGACAGCUAUGUAGUACAAACUAAUUGUGAUAUACGGUGCUUAAAUAAGUCUGACAAAAUAGAUGGGAAGACAUAUCUCCAGAUGGGUGAGAAAAUGCCAGUCACACCCAGUGUAUCACCUGAGAAUGGACAAACUCAUUGCUUAGAGAUAGAAAGCAAUACACAUGAUGGCAAUAGUAAUUUAGUAGAAAGCAAAAAAUCUGCUCAACUCAACUCCCUGUUACGUGAAAGAUUAAGUCCAGAGAACAGAAUCACUGAUUUAAAGAGUGACAGUUGUAGCAGCUCAGUAGAAGAAAUAGUGACAAAGGAGCAUUUUGUAGCAAAUGAAGAAAGAUCUAAACAGCCAAUCCCAUUGGUGUCUGCUCCUGAACAACUUGUUUCUGGAAAUGAACAGCCAAGAGACAGUUUCCCAGGUCGAGCCCAACACACAGAUAGUCUGUGGCCCUCUGAAAACACACUGGAGCUAGAAGAUGAAAGUUUAGACAGCAGCAGUGACCUUACAGUUUCUGUGAGUGAAGAGGAUCAGAUAAUAAACACAGUUGAACUACAGCAGAGCCUAGGAGAUGUGGAUUGCAAGAUGGCCUUAAAAUCCAUGAACUCGGAACAAGAAAAAGAAACCGGAUCCACCAAAGAACAUUUUUCUUUGCAAACAGUAAGCUGCCCUAUGACAGACGAAGACUCUUCAGCUAAUUCAGCAACAAGACAGGAUUGUCUGUCAUUUGAAGGAUUCUCCCAUUUACUCCAGUUCAUAGAAGAUUUGGUGGCGAAAGCAGCACCUGAAUGCCUAUCUUUAUACCAAAGUGGAACCAUAAGUCUGGCAAAAAUGAAGAAGCUAAUAAGCUUUUGUAAUCAAACUGGCAAUUUGAAAGAGGAAGACCUUGAGGCAUGUGAAGCAGUUGUCCUUCAUCAGCUUCAGGGAUGGUUGCAGAACACAUUGAAUGGAUGCCUCUUACCUGAGAAAAUACUUAAUGACAGGGGUAGAUCUACAGAUGAAAAACAAGCCAGGUGUGAUCUGCCAUUGGAUUUUGCCAUGUUAUGGGAACGUUUGUGUAAACACAUUUUAUUCUUGAAAAAACACCAUGUUUUGCUGAAGGAAGAAGUAAAAGAGAUGUUUGGAACUUUACUGAUUUCAGAAAAAAAUGCACAAGGUGGCCAGGUUACUCUUUUAUUGAGAGAGAUCCUUUCGGAAGAGUGUGGUGGUAGGUCAUCUAUUCAUAGUAAUGAAUCAUCUUACUGCUUGCCAUCAAUUCUGAAUGACAGUGGUGAAAUAAAGCACACAAAACACGCUCAAUGGCUUGACAGCAUUGGUACAAGGGAACAAGAAGUCACAAGCUGGUGUGAAGAUGAGAGCAAGGAAGAAAGCUUGGCAGAAAAGAUUCCUAUUACAGGUUUGAAUAUCGGUAGCAAUAGUUUCAAGACCAAGAAAAUCAACAAAAUCAGUUCUGAAGCUAGUUUUUCAUCUAGUGAAGGAAGAAGUCCUUUGUCAAGGAAUACAAGCAAAAGGAGAAUAACCACUAUAAAAUCCAAAGCUUUCUGGGGUGAGUCUGAUGACAGCAACUCAGAAAUUGAAGCCGCUCUGCGUCCACAAACCCAUGAUACAUAUGCAGAUGAAUUUGAUGACUUCUAUGACUAACGUAUUUAACACGUGCUUAGGUGGGAAAAUGUAAGCUGUAUUCUCUUGCAGAAACUGCAGUUUUAUUCUGUGUGUUUGGGUCCAUAUUUCUGCAAUGUAUCUAAUAUCUUGUUUGGCUGUAUAAAUGUUGAACAAAUAAUGUUCAAUGUCUCUUUGCUUGCAUACAUGUGUUUUUAUUAAACAUAUAUUUUAAGAAAUA